UCAUCCUGGUUCUUUUUAGCAUGUUUUAAUUUUAAUCUAGCUGAUCGCUACUGGAACAGAUAACGUUAAAAGCAGAACUAACACAGUCUAGACAGAUAGGCUGUACAAAUAUCGUUUUAGGUUCUAGCCUGGAUGGAUGUAUGAUGAUUUAUGCAGCGAAAGUAUUUUUAAACAUUUUCUUUGACAGUCGAGUGCACAUAAAAAUUGGAGGAAAAAAAUGACGCAAUAUCCGUUCAAUACCAUCAAUAUGCGGUAAUGCAUGCGGCUUUAUAGGUAAACAGUAAUUCAAGGAGCAGAAAAAAUAUUGACAUUUCACUUGUCAUUGAAGACAAGACCACCACUGAUAACAUACUGAGCAUCUCAUAUUUCAAUUGAGUUUAAAUACCCUACGGACAGUCCACUAUCUUCAAACGUACUGGAAUCGUUGUAGACGAAACAACAAAUAGAGAUAGACUUUCUUCAAAGGGAAUUAUUUUUAUUCAAGAUGCCACAAGUAAAUGUUGAUUUAGCUUUUGGUAUGCGAUCAAAUAGCGACGAGAGGAUCAGUAAAUUUGAAGGUAUUGCCUUAAACAUUCAAAACCUUGACGACGAAUUGAACGAAGACCGACUUUAUGAAGAGUUUUCACGAUUCGGAAAAAUCCUCAGCACAAAAAUUACAACCACUUCAAAGACGAAAACAAAAAGGUCUGGAGUUGUCAACUUUAUGUCACCUGCUGACGCUUGCAGAGCGAUUUCCGGUUUAAAUGGUGGCGUGAUUAUCUCGAAUACAUUAUUUGUUACUCUGGCGUCAUCGCGUACUCGAGACAGACGACCCUCUGUUUGCAGAACGUCUUCUGUUCCCAUUCCAUGUCGAAGGUCAAGAGGAUACAGCGAUGUGUUUAAUAGUUCCAAGAGCUCUUGGGGUUCAUCAUCCAGUAUUGGAUCAUCCACCGGUGGAUCACUGAUCGAUUUCAAAAGAACAUUAUGCCGAACUGACUCACAAUAAAUUUGGAUGAUUUUUGACAGACUAUGCUGCAUUAUUUUUGCAGCAUCCAAAGACGACUAUAGAAAUUUAAAUUUAACCAACGGACACUAUCGCAUAAUUUAUCCUUUUAGCCAAUGACUGACGCGAUAGCACACUAUAAAUUAUUUUUAGUCAUAAACGUAUACAAAUUCGACUAUGGUAAUGUUUUAUAUAUAUAUUAUUUGCAUAUUGUAUAUAGUGUUAUAUAUUGUAUAUUAUAUAUAUGCCAUACUUUGUACAUAACCCAUAUUAUCUUAUAGCAUAUCAUAGAUGUUUGUAACAACAGAAAAUUAUACAUUAUAUUAUAUAAACCAAAAUUAUUAAAUUGGUGAAUCUUUUCCCUGUGAAAUUAGCUGCAGUUAACCUGUCGGCUACACCUACGCUAUGCGGAAAAGUUUGUUUCGCGACUUUUUUCAGAAACAACCAAUUUUUUGAGUUUACCUUAAUAAUUUCUUAACAAUUUUAAUUUAUUUAUUUAUUUCCUGCCAAACUACUACGCCCUACUUAACUACUACACUCUACUAAACUACUACGCCCUACUAAAUUGCUACUACGCCCUACUAAGCCCAGCCUAUUUAAUUAAGCUUUCUAUGAGGAUAUCAAAAUUCAGUUUUUCUCAAACAAAGGCUUAGACGCAAAUUAACGUGUCAGUGCAAAUGCCUAAAAUUCAUAUUCAGCAAUUAACACAAAUUAAUUUAUCACAACGAACUCCGAAUUAUUAAAAUCAACCAAUGAGCACAAACCAGCGUGGUCAUAUUUUAACUCCUUAAAUAGUACGAGAAUUAAUUAUAUUUGUUCGGUUCAGUGAGGGCAUUUGCGAGCAAAAUAAAGGAUUUUCUAAUAGUGAUUAAGUGAGUAAAGAACCAAUUAAAAAUUCCAGAACGCAGAUGUAAAGGCCACGAAAUUUGAAACACUGAAAUCCACUGGAUGUACCCUUGGUACAGGAGUUGAUUGGUCUAUACAUUAUUUUAUGAAUUUUGCCUGACAUCUGAAUGAAGACAUUUUCACAACUUCUACUACUUUCUCUUUUUAUUUCUCAUACCAAGUCAGAAAUUGUCAUUCAUUUGCGUUUUCCUUUCUGCACAGCAAGUCGCAAAAGCCAUACAUUUUGCCUUUCAUAAACAACUACCUAAGAGCAUUUCUUUAGCUACCUGUAUGAGCAAAACAUGCUAUUAUUAUUCAUGACUACUUACAAAGACAUUUAAAUUCCAGUUUAUUCUCCAAACUUAGAUUUUUUAUAUAUUUAAACACAUUUAUGUUAUGAAACUGUGUUAUUGACCUAAACGCGAUUUACCAGGGAAAAAUAAUUCUUCUAAUUGCUUGUUUAAUAUAUGCGCGAUUUUUUUGUACAAAUAUUUAUUAGAUCAAAUUUUUCCUGGGUGCCGUUUGGUUAAAAGUCAUUGCUGCAAGCGACAACUGGCGAACAUAACGGUAAUCCAAUAAUCCUGUUCAUCAA